UAAUUUGCCAUAAUGUUCAUUUUUGUCAGCAGUAGGGGUCAGGGGCGGACUGACCAUUUGGAAACUCGGGCACUGCCCGAGGGCCCGGGGUCAGUAGGGGGCCCUAUGAGAUGCCCCUGGUACCUUUUUCAUAGGCUUUUUUGAGUUUGGGCAAGGGCACAGGGGCCCCAUGAUCCGCUAUUGCCUGGGGGCCCCAUGAGUUGUCAGUCCGCCCCUGUCCGCCCCUGCCCUGGACACAGACAGUGUGCGUUCAGAGUCGUUGUUUCUGCGGCAUUCUGGCUGAAUCUAAUAUGU